AUGGAAACGGAGUCGCGGGGUCCGCGUCACGACAGCGGUGGAAGCGGCGCGUUUCCGAACGGCAACGCCAGGCACGGCGAUGAGCGUGCCAACAGGAGCCAAGCGGACGUACAUGCUCCCAAACUAUCCGGUUUGAGAUCUGACGGGGCCUCUAAUACCUCAGAACCCUAUGAUACGGAGCAGGUGAGCGCUGUGACGGAGCAGUUGGCGCGGGUGCAGGUGCGCGAGAGCUCUUCGCGACGCUACUACGAACGAAAAGAGCGCGGAAUGCUGCUGCAGGGAAAGAGUUCCAGGAAGACAGGAGCUCUGCAGCGACCCACCCCAGAGAGAGCGACGCUGGAAAGGUUGCGAAGAAAACGUGUCGAAGUGCUGGCUCGGGGGGCGGCACUUCGCUCCGCGCUGACGUUCACGGACUCGUGGAACGUUUCGGCGGAACACUUAAAAAGACAAGUGCGACGCUUCCACGAGCUCGUCGCAGAGUCGUCUUAUCCCGACUGGGUAGCCGAAUACGAACGAAGAUCGCGGUUGGCUCGGCAUUUGCGGAAUGUGGCUUCCUCUCGGUUUCGCGGAUGCCGGGUUGACGUGUACGGCAGCACCGCGACGGGCGUGCUGCUCAAAGGCGGAGAUCUCGACGUCAACUUUGUGGCGCCGAUGGCUCCUCUGGAAGUAUUGCGCGCCCAAUACCAAGACGAGGAAUACUCUAUCGAUGACUUUCGUCGGGACGUCGUAGGUGACCUGGGACGCCUCCUUCGGCGUCGACGUCACGAGUUUGUCAAUGUCCAGAUCAUCACGCAAACUAGGGUGCCCCUUGUUAAGUUUCAUGAUUUACGCAGCGACAUUGAAGUCGAUGUGCAAGUGAACAAUGACUUUGUGGUCCGAAACACGGCCUUGCUGCGCGCAUACGUGCGUCUGGAUCCGCGCGUUCGACCACUCGCGAUCUUCAUCAAACGCUGGGCAGUGGCGCGGGAUCUGAAUGAGCCUUUCGCAGGGACCCUAAGCAGCUACGCGUACCUCAUGCUUCUUAUUCAGUAUUUGCAGAUUGUGAACCCGCCUGUGUUACCGUGUCUGCAGGCGUUGCGUCUUGAACGAAUACCAGUUUCGAAUGGCGGCAGUGUCCAGCACAUAGAAAAACUAGUGGAACACCCUCAGGAGCCCGAGGUUCCCGACGAAACCCUCGUAGAUGACUAUUUUUUGGAUCGUACGGAUAUUCAGAUGCCAGUUUGCAACGAAAUGUCUGUCACGCUUCUCCUUGCUGGAUUCUUUUACUUCUACGGAUACCAGUUCAAUUACGAUGAGAUGGUGGUGAGUGUUCGCUGCGGGCGCCUCAUUAGCAAGAAGAGAAGAGGAUGGGAUCAAUCCGAUCGCGUCCAAACCGAUCAGAACAAAGCAGAUGAUGUUGUCGACGGCAUCGGUGAUCCGUACACACACGCUAGCGACGACGAAACGGACCAUGAGGACGUGGCCGAAGAGCUUACCGUCGAUGACGCUGAGGUCGGCACCUGCAAUGGCAGCGAGAGGCGCCAACGACGGGUCGCUAGCAUGUCCGCUACAGAGAGUGGCACUGACUCAAGCCAUUCGGGCGCUGAUGAGGAACGUACCUCACCCGAGCAACCGCUCAAUCAUCAGACGGUUGAACGUGCUGUAGAUCUGCAGUCUGCCUCAGUGGACCCAUCCGGUGAUCAUGCGAACGCACCUCUGCAGGAGCUGACAGCGCCACGACCGCGAGCGGCAGUCACGUCGCAAGCCCAGCGAGAGCGAUUGCGGCUGCAGCGCCAGCGACGACAACGCGAACGCGCAACGCACGCAACGCAACGCCACUUUUUUUGUAUCGAGGAUCCUUUUGACAUGACCCAUGACCUGGGGCGGGUCUGCAGCGAGGAUUCGGUGCGGCUGCUUCGGCACGAGUUUCGGCGCGCAUUCGCGAUCAUCGCGCAGCAGCUGCCACUCGAUUCGCUGCUGCAGUCCUAUGUUCCAAGCGAGACGCCCGCUGAAGAGCCAUAG